AGGGGAGUCUCUAAUACCCUUACUUCCCAAUGACCUUAAACAGUCUAGGAGAUGACCUUUAACCAUAGUUUCGAACAAGCAAGACGAGCUCUCUGCGCUCAAUCUAAAUAAUUAAUGAAAUGCAGGGAUUUCUGGUCAAUAGAUGACAAUUUGUAAUGUUGUUUGCCUACAGGUGAUGAACAGAUCGUAGUUAUUAUGUGUGCGUUAGAUGUCUGUGUGAGUAUGUAUGCCUGCCCUUGUGAGCAAAAGAAAAAUUUCUGUCUUGGGUCUCCUCGACAGAGAAUAAAGUCUGAUUUGGUUUGAUAUGAACAAUGUGACUCGCACAAAACAUUAUGCUGUUUUUUCAAAGACAGAUUAGAAUUACAUAAUACAAUUUGUUGUGUUCUUUUGUAGUGCAUACAUGUUGUAAUUUAGUAUGAACGAGAUGCCAAGCUGAGUUUCACACGUUUAUGCCUACAUGUUAUAGUUUAUGAUUAAUGAUCUGAGGUUUGUUUUCUAUGCUUCAAAUUUAACAACAUAUUGAUGUGGGAGUAAUGUAGGCAGCAAUAACUAAGAUAGCCAUGCAUUUCAUGUAAGCUGUCUUCUAGGAAUGUAAGAUAUAUUCCUCACUUAAUUCACAAUUUUAUUUAAUGUGUCUGCUCUGCUUAUUAGUUAAUCAUUGUCAAAGAAAAUUAAGAAUGUAUGAUGCAGCUGCUAGCACAUAGAUGUGGGUUUAAGAUUUAAAUUGAUGUAUUAUAAUGCAGCUUAGUUCUGUCAAAUUUUUCAUCUUAUUUUUCAAUCUUAUGUUUAAAUCAUAUCAAAUUUUACAAAGCAUGGAUGCAGAAUAUUUAAGGUCUAUAUGGUGAAUAUAUAAGGUGACCAGACGUCCCGCUUUUGACCUCUUGUCCCGCCUGCUCAUCGGGCGGGACGCCCAAUGUCCCGCUUUCUGGCUUUCUGGCAAGUCCAUUAAAUGUCCCGGUUGUCUUUAAAAAUCACUUUUUUCAGCGAUUUUUGACGGUGACAACACCAUCAUCGGCACGUGCCCGCUUUCGCCCCCGAAACGUCUGGUCACCUUAAUAUAUAAAUCAUUUCUUCUUUUGGUGGGCAAAAAAAUGGUAAGGCUUAUGUGAACUACAUAAGUUCAUCAUCUGGCUGAAGAACACUUUUCAAGGGCAUAGAAGUUCAAAUUUAAAGCUGUGCUGACUCAAGUUAAGAAAGUGCCGAAAGAGCAUCAAACAUAUCAGCUCAGAAGAUCAUAUGAUCCUUAAAAUUAUUGUGCCACAACAGAGUAGUAUCAGGGAAUGGUUGAUCCAUUUAUAACAGGUAUAUUGACCAAAGAGAAUCUGGUUAUGAACAGGAUUAGAUAUUUUAAAAAAUAAGACUGACCAAACAGGUGCCAUUUGAUUUUACCAACCAAGAAGUGAAUAACUGCACAGACAUCUAAAGAAUGAUGAUAGCUAUCAUUGAUAUUAUCGAUGUAAUGGAAUAGUAGAUGACCACUGGCCCAGGUGGCAGCACUGACCAGGAACUGCCAGAUAAUACAAAGAUCAUGGUAUGCUGGGGAGUCGGCAGGAAGUCCAUUAUCCCACUGAAUAAAGGAGUUGAAAGCAAGAGAAACUGCUGCUUCAUUAUUAAUUGGCAGUCUUAAUAGGAUAUUGUUAUUAAUAGUAAUUAAUUGAAAUGGUAAGUUUUUUAGCUAUGCCAAUAACUGAAUGAGAGAAAAAAACUGUUAAUUUCACUGAAUGUAACUUAGAAAGACUUUUCACCUCAAGAGAGUUUUUUUUGUUGUUUUUUUUUUUUUUUUUUUAAGAAAAAAGAUAAUAGUAGCAGCAUAUUGACAGAGGCCUUUAGCAUAAUGUUGGUAAAGGGCCUCCACCUUGUGAUUUUAUACAAAACAUAGAUCAGGAUAGCUGUAUCUGUUCCAGAAAUAUAAAAACUAGCACACAGACAAGCAGAGGAUGAUUGCCACAUGUUAUUGGCAUCUUGUGGUCUUGUAUCUGAUCAUCAACAGCUUCACCAUCAUCCUUCAGCACUACCACAAUUAGCAUUGCCUUCAUCAACACUUAUGGGCCAGGUGUUGCUGUAAGUGAAGAUCUGUCAGAUAAGUUAAGCUGAGCAGCCAUCAAGAACAUGGCAGAUUUGGUUUCCCUACCAUGUGAUUCCCUCAGUAGUAGCUCUGACUCAGAUGUGGAGGCAGAAACUUUGCCAUCCAUGCCCUAUUUUGGAAUGGACAUUGGUGGUACACUAACUAAGUUGGUCUACUUCGAACCACUGGAUGUAUCAGAAGUGGAAGGACCCGAGGAGAAAGAAACUUUGCGGACUAUCCGCAAAUAUCUCACAGGCAAUGUUGCUUAUGGCAAGACAGGUAUACGAGACGUGCAUUUAGAGAUGCGAAACCAAAAAUUAGGUGGAUGUCGAGGAACACUGCAUUUCAUUCGCUUUCCAACCAGUGAAAUGCAGGCAUUCAUAGAUCUAGCACGAGCAAAAAACUUCUCCAGUCUUGCCUCAGCAAUUUGUGCCACAGGAGGAGGUGCAUUCAAAUUUGAGAAGGAUUUUCAAGAGCAAGUUAACCUUCAGCUUCAUAAAUAUGAUGAGCUCGACUGUCUUAUUCGUGGCAUCCACUUCAUUGACCGCCACAACUACAACGUCGAGUGUUACUACUGGGCCAAGCCUCCAGAUUCCAACAGCCAGACUGUUGAUGGCCAGCCUUCAUCCAACCUCAACCAUUCACAUUGCAGCCAAUCAGGGAAGAACCAUUAUGUUAAUGGUAGUAGUCAGCCAGAUCAUUCAGGGACCAGUCAGUUGGACCAAUCAAAUUUCAAUGGAUCUCAGCAAUACAUAUUGGAGAAAGACCACCUAGGAGAUGACUGUGACAGUAGCCACAGUGGACUUGACUGGGUUAAAAAGCCCUUUGACUUUCGUAACCCCUACCCAUACUUGGUGGUGAAUGUAGGGUCAGGGGUCAGCAUUUUGGCAGUAUAUUCACCAACUAACUAUAAACGUGUUAGUGGAACAAGUCUUGGAGGAGGUACUUUUCUUGGUCUUUGUUGUUUGCUGACUGGCUGUGAAACAUUCGAAGAGGCUGUGGAUCUGGCUUCAAGGGGAGACAACCACAAGGUGGAUCGCUUGGUACAAGAUAUUUAUGGUGGAGACUAUCGACGGUUUAAUUUGAAAGGCGAUCUUGUUGCAAGCAGCUUUGGUCACAUGAUGAGUAAGCAGAGGCGAGAAGAAGCUACCCGUGAAGACCUGGCCAAAGCCACCCUGGUCACCAUCACCAACAACAUUGGCUCAAUUGCACGCAUGUGUGCUGCAACAGAGAAAAUAGAACGAGUAGUGUUUGUGGGGAACUUUCUGCGAGUAAACACCAUAUCCAUGAAACUCCUUGCAUAUGCCAUGGACUACUGGUCAUAUGGUGCCUUGAAAGCGCUUUUCUUGGAACAUGAGGGCUACUUUGGUGCCAUGGGUUGUCUGAUGGAGUACCUAAAACUGGGACAUCCCAGCUAAUAGGCAGCCCAAGGAUUUUUAUGGAUGUAGAUUAAGCAGAAAAUGCCCAACUGAAAACUUUCCAGGUUACUUAUCUUUGUGACUUCACAUCUAUACCUGUAUAACAAUGCAUUUUUCUGUGGAUGUCUCCUCAUAUUAUCUCAGACUUUGUGUACUGUCAAUAUUUUUUAUGAAUUCAUUGUUUCCAAACAUUUUUGUACGGAGAUUUGUUUUAAAGCAUGUGUGUGGGGUGAGGGGGGUAUAUGAUUUUUCAAACUUUUGUAAUCAUGAAUGUGGGACAGCAAGGUGUGGGAGUUAACUUUAGGCACAGAAUGGGUAAAGAUCAAAGAAACAUUUUUUUUUAAUAUUUUAUAGUCAAAAGCACAUAGGCAAAUGCGCCCCUCGCAUAUUCUCCUUGUUUAUGAAAAAAAAAGUUAUUUUAUGCAAACUUUAGUUUUGUGAAGCUGUUUGUAUUCCAUUUUCAUUAUAACUUACAGAUUGGAUUUUAGUGUGUGAGUGCAUGUGAUGGGGAGAGUUGUGAAAGUCGUGGUAUAUAUAGCUCAAAAGUUGAGAGACCGACUAAAGCUUUUGCAUGCUGGAUACUUGGACCUAGCUGCAAAUGUUGCUACAGGCUACAGUUUAUGUUGAUACAAAGUCUAGUCCUCUAACAUGUUGAACCAUGAAAACACAACAUAUUUCCUGUGCUGCGCAUUUUAAAUGAAGCUGACACAUGUUGUCGUUUGUGAGUGAUUGGUAAAAACAUUAGGUACCCUCUGAGAAUGCUGAGAGCUGCGCUUCACUUGAAAAGUUAGUACAGGAGAAGAGAUGUUUGUACAUAGUUCAAUAUCUGAAGCUAAACUUAUAAUCAUUUUCUCUGGUUGUUUUUUUUUUUAUUUUUUUUAAUCACUUUCCUUUUUGCCAAAUUCUGAUAGUUUUCCCAUUGACCAUAAUUCAGGCAGUAGACAGCAGUGUGGUAGAACAGCUUCUAAAAGUCAUGUCAGUUUCUAAUUGACAGGAAUAAGGUGGUACCAUGUUCAAACAUCAGACAAUAAACCAGUUGAACUUACAUAAGUGUUUUGAUUAGGACAAUCUAUCACAUCUGUCAUGACUAUAAUUGUCACCUAUCCCAGAGUCACCACUAGCACCAGACGUUAUGAAAUUGUUAGCAGGUUCACAUGUCAGCAUCUCCACACAAAAAAUAAGGACACGUCUGAUAAGCUGUUACAAAUUGUCUGGAAAGUGAACAUUUCAUGUUCUUUCCCCUCGUUGAAAUUACAACCUGUGACUGGGUCAGAUCUACAUGGGUUUAUUUCUGAGGUGGAAGAAGUGACAGCUUUAUUCAGGGACUGGCUGACCUGCAUUGUUGGGCUAUUAAUUUAGUCCUUGUUAUUCCUCGAGGAGCAUAGGACUAUAGUUCUCACAAACUGCAAAGAAAUUUACUUAUUAUAUGUACAUAUAAUGAUUAAAGAGUACUGACAGUCCAAGAGUCUGGUGAAAGUUUUAAACCUUUCUGUACUUUUCACUAAAGAGCAGACAUUAGGAUUAUACAGAUAUACCUAUUAGGCUAUCACUAGUAUACAGUACUUAUCUCCAAAUCAUUAUAAUACUAGUAUCAACUAUGGACAGAAUCCUUUCAUCAUGGGCUUUUUCCAUAUUUUUCUUCCACAAAUGUUUACAUAUAACAAGUCUGUUAAUUUUAAUAACCUUUUGUAGAAGAACAUUUUCUUGUUGAAGAGAUUGUGUUUAGAUCAAUACAAGCAUAUUUAGGGGCAUAUAUUUGUUGUCACAAUGAUAUCAAACUUAAGAUUAAAAUAACUGUUAUGGUGAAAAUGUUAUCCAUUACACACCUAGACUUCAGCAUUGUAAAAUGAAUUCAUACACACUGUUGGUCACAUUUGGUCUCAAAAUGGUUGUGAUCAGCACCAGCAUAAUAAGAGUCAUUGGUCAAUCACAUUGCUGAGUUAUUGGGACCAUUUCAGUGGAAUGCAUUUGUCUCCAUUUUUUUUUUCUAAUUUACAUUUAAAAUGUUGGGUGUUGUGCAGAGCACAAAUGAAUGAACACUGAUGCUUAUUUAUCAGUAAAAUCAAAAUGGAUAUGAUAUUAUGAAAUUUCUUAGACAUAGAAACUGAUAUUUUAAUGAUAAAUUUAACUUGAAUAAUUCCAUGUUUUAUGCUAGUAGAGAUAUAAAAAAGACUGUGCACAUUGGGUUUGUAUUGUAUCUGUUGUAUUGUACCAUGAAUAAAGGUGUCUAUUUCAUUGAAGUAAUUUAAUUGUCAUCACUGAGGGUUAUGUUGAACAUUUUCAUUUUGCUGUUAACUGACAUAUAUUGACCAAAUAUUGUUCUUGAAAUCAUGUGUUGAGCAAAUUUAUUUUGAACAUUGCAAGACAUGGAUUAUAUGCUUCUGUCUCAAACCUUUUUGCUUGUAAGACAUUUUUGCAAAUGUCAGCAAAUUUUUUUACGACCCACCUCUUGUUAUGGUUUUUGUGUAUGUUGGUUGGUUGGGGGAGGCAAGGGGGAAUUUGUAUACUAAAGAGGUCAGCAGACACAUCCUCUCUGCUAGGCCAAGAAAAUAUUUCAGAUGGUCAUUUGUUAAAAGUAAAGAGUUCUUCAAUGAGAUUCAUUACUUUGAUAAACAUAUUAAAGCAAAGUGCUUGGUGAUGAUAAUUAUAUAUUCUACCAUUCUGCCAGCACUUAUAUUUCCGAUGGAAUUGACUGGAAGCCAAUGCAAUAUAAGAUAUUCUUAGCUAAAAGGCAAAUUAGAGAUUUCGAAAUAAUGCAACUAAAAAAUAUCUAUGCACUAUAUAUAUUUUGCAUAACAUGGAAUAUGACCAGCGACAAGAACAAUUAAAAACCUGGUCACAAGUGAAUUUCAUUGUUCAACAUGUUGAUGUUCUGUAGAGAAAUGUGAAUCAUAAUUCAGUAGCAUGAAUAUAAUUUGAUCUGAAUAGUUUCGAAUGGUUCUUGCUUGCAAAAGUACAAUCAAGUUUUGUUCAUGACAGUUCAUAGCAUACUGGUGUAGAUUUUAUUUUUGUUCCCUUAUCCCCUUUCUGUUAAACAUUUGGAAUAGAUUUUUUUUUAAACUGUGUUGCAAUCACAAACAUUUACACCACACCCCAACAAUUUUUUUCUCCUGGAAAUGAACUAAAAUGAGUUAACCCAUCUAGACUUGUUUUGACAUGUGAGAAGGAAUUAAGGGCAUACUUUGACCCAGUGCUGAAUGCAUUCUGUAAAAGCAGUCAACAAGUGUUAAGUGCUACUUCCUUAAGACACCUUUUUGAUUACUUUGACAAGCAUAUAUUCAAUUCUGUACCUUUAUAAGGGAUUCAUUUUCAUAAACCAUUUAGAUUAAAACUUUCUUUGACUUUUAGUUCUCAGUUGAGUUUCUAUAUACCCAAACCAUUUCAGAAGUGGAGUAAAGAUCUGCAAAAGCAUGUUAGCAUAGACCUUCAGCAGCCACAAGGAUUUCUAUGAGGACACACCUGAAUACUUAAACCUAAUUAUAUUUUGAGAUAUGUUCUUUCAAAUACAGUCAAGUUUGUUGAUUGAUGUUAAUUUUUUAACAAUGUGUAGUGAUCAAAUUGGAGAUGAUUGCAUUUUUUUUAUGAACAACCAGUGAACAUGAGACCAACAACCUCAGUGUCAUGAAAGUAAAUCAGGAGUGGAAGUACCUCGUCAGCAUGUUCUAUACCAGACUGUUCUGUAGUGCUGCAAGGCCAGUUAUCUUGUAUCAGGAGGAAACUAUAUCCUAUUUGUACUUUUUGUAUGGGCAUCUUUACUAUGUUAGUGACUUCUUAUAUACGUAGAAUGUAUAUUUAUUUCUUUAAAUUACUUCCACCUUCCAUUGUGGGAAGCGAAUAGCAGAGUGGUUAGAAAUGCUGGCAUCCGAACUAAAAGACGCACUGGUACAAUACUCGAGUACCGCACAAAUUUCUCGCAGUUGACCCAGCUGUAGGGAAUGGGUAUCUGACUCCAUAGAGGGUUGGGGAAGGUAGUGUUUGUGCAUCAUAAUGAACUUUUAACAGGGUAGAUAAAUGCCAUAGAGAGAAAAUGAAAAAAAAUUCACCAAUAUUUGUUGAAUUUGUAUUUUUUUUAAAUAUAUUUCAGUGUUUAUUGAAAUGUGUGUGUGUGGGGGGUGGUCAUGGUUUGCUUUUGGGUGGACACUCUGUACUAUUUGUUAUAUUUUAACUAAUUUGACACAGCUGAUUAGGAGAUGCUUUAUUUCAAUUCCUCACUUGCUGUUUUUUUUUUUUUUUAACUUGCUGAAAUUGGAAACUUGUUUACCUGUCUUCCCCUGGCUGCUGCUCUUCUACACUGUAACUGAGAAAAUGCUUGUAAACUGUUGUGCACAUUUCUUCACAGCACUGUCAAACUUUUUUCAAGUAUCUAGAUUUUGUACGCAAAACUGAUUGUGCAUUGUAUAGAACUGGAUUUUCAUUGCAAUUGAAUGUUUCUUACUCUUCGUUUGUAGACUGAUACCACUGGUGGAGGGAAAUGUAUUUUCAGCAUCCUUUGGGGACCACUGUUUAAUAGACUGGCUUUGUCUUUAAGUGAGUGCAAAAAUAAAGGAUAUUAUUACUAUUUUAAA